CCCAAUAAGGUUAUCUUCCCAGCUUGCUGGAGUAAUUGCGUCGCACUGCGUCGCAAUAAACUCGACACUACUCCGAUAGGGCCAGACACCGAGCACCGUAACCCGCAAGUUCAACAGUCGAAGAUACGACGAGCAAAACCCACGGACUCAAUUGUAUUGAAGUAAAGAGAUUUAUUUGGCUCGGCGAUUUACCAUGAGUUACCCACAGAGCGGCUACAACAGCAGGAUGAGCCUGGUCAGCGAGCCGCAUCACGCUCGUCCUGACGCGUAUGGCUUUGAGGAAACCAAGCAGGCCACGGGGUCGAAAUGGCAUCCACGCAAUUGGGGUCGAAAGACCUGGAUCGGCGUGCUCGCUGCGGUGGCGGUGGUUAUUAUUGUGGUUGUGGUCGGUGCGGUGGAGGGCACCAAGGCGAAUCGGUAUCCGGCGUAUAAGAAGCUGAAUUAUACUCUGAAAGAUACUUACGAAGGAACGAGCUUUUUUGACGACUUUGACUACUUUUCCGGCUACGACCCAGCCGCAGGAUUCGUCCACUACGUCGACCGCGCGGGCUCGCAAUGGCUCAACCUGACCUACGCAUCCGACACGUCGGCGGUGCUCAAAGUCGACGCCACAAACGCAGACUCGAGCACCGGCCGCCGCUCCGUGCGCAUCUCGUCCAAGAAGACGUACAACGAGGGUCUCUUCGUCUUUGACAUUCUGCACUCGCCCUACGGCUGCGGCACGUGGCCCGCCCUGUGGCUGUCCGACCCCAGCAACUGGCCCAUGAAUGGCGAGAUUGAUAUCGUCGAGGCAAACAAUGCCGCGUCCUCGGGCAACCAGAUGACCCUGCACACGACCAACCAUUGCAAGAUGAAUGUCAAGCGCAAGCAGUCCGGCAAAACGCUGGAGAAUAAUUGCUGGAAUGGCACGAAUAGCAACGCGGGCUGUGGCGUCCAGGGCUCCGCGAGCACGUAUGGUCAGGAUCUUAAUAAGAAUGGUGGCGGCGUCUACGCGACCGAACUCCGCUCCGACGGCAUCCGCAUCUGGUUCUUCCCUCGCUCUUCUAUUCCUUCGGAUAUCGACACGUCCGCCAACAAUUCCACGUCUUCGACCGUGCCCGACCCCUCCUCCUGGGGCGAGCCCCUCGCCGACUUCCCCACCACCGACUGCAACAUUGGCUCGCACUUCCGCAACCAGAGCAUCAUCGCAAAUAUUGAUCUGUGCGGCCAACUGGCCGGCCUCGAGCAGUUUUACUCUACAGAGUCACACUGUCCAGGCACCUGUACCUCCUUUGUCGCGAAUAAUUAUACCGCCUUUCAGGACGCGUAUUGGGAGUUUAGGAGCUUUAGGGUCUAUCAGGCUCAGGGUUAAGAGUUAAGGGUGGGGGUGGGGGUUCGAGGCGGGGAGAUUGUGGGGCCGGGGGUUUGAAGGGUAAAGCAACCUUUAACCCUACCUCUUUCCUAAGUGCCAGGGGACGAGUACGUAUGGCUGUAUGAUCGAUGGAUCUGAAUACGGUUCCAUUGAUUCAGUGUU